AAUGACGUUCGCGCUUUCGUUGGCAACGGCGGCAAACGGAGCGGGAAGGACAGAGUUUCUUCGACAGUUGUUCGUUCAUUUUUAUCAAUUUGCUUUCUACUCUUAAAAGUUUGGACUGUUUCUUGUGCCGCGCUUUGAAGUUUAUGUAGUGGAAAGGUGAAAAAAAAACAUUUUGUUGUGUUUUACACUCCUGUCUGUAUUGUAUGUGUCCAAGCUAAUGUGGGUAAAUAUCAAUGUAAACGUACAUGACGGCAAUUGGGCGAGUUGUCCUGACUUGGGCUCAUCGAUUCCGCACCAUUCAGUCCACGCGUGCUUUGGAAUUGUUCCCCGUCCAUGGCCGCCAAAGAUGAUUGGCAGCAUCCAUUCGUCAACAUAUUCAAAGAGUUCCGGCUUUCAGAGUGGCAAAAGGCAUCCAAAGAAGGAGAUGUGUCAACCUACACGGACAAGACCCUCAACAGUAUCGUAUUUCGGAUCAGGGGGGCUGGCAGUUGCAUCCGGCUUCCUAAAAACACACACCAGUCUCUGGGUUUGACAGGGCGCUAUCUCUACGUCCUCUUCAAGCCCAGCCCAGGAAAAACAUUUUUGAUUGUCCUGGAUGUCACAGCACAGGAUGGCUGCGUGGUCCGCAUCUCCAUCUCCAACAUGUUCAAAGAGUUCAAAUCUACGACCACGUCGCUUCUCUUCCCGUACCAGUGCGGACCUGAAUUUGACCGUAUCACUGAAAAGACAGCCACGUUGGAACAACAACAUAACAGCCCUCCAGAACAACCUCAGGUCCAUUGGACCUGUCUGAUGAUGGAUCUGCAAUGUACGCUUGCCACCUACCUCAACCAACGCUACUACAGUCACCUUAAAAACGUCAAGCUGUGCGCUUGGAUGUCUGUUAAAAGCUUGUUUACCAGUGACCUGCAGUUUAAUCCUGAGGUUUCCUACCAUAAAGCAAAGCUCACGGGUCUGCCCACUUCUGAUGGCACUGGACCCAUGCCCAGAGACAUGAUGUUUCCUACGCCCAAGGGACGCACCUGGCAAAGUUGCUACGAUUACAUCAGGUUUCCAGUAGAAGGAGAUCAAAACUGCGGUAUCAUACGAAAAGGCCCCUUAAACGUGGAGACGCCAAACGAACCCACCCUCAUAGAAGAAGAAGCCGAACCCACCGACCCAGAAUUAGUGGUCAUACCCGAGCUGCCCGAAGUCAUCACCGAGGUGGCGGAUGAUCCGCAGCCUGAGCAGGAAUCGCCACCCUCCAGUCGCCACUCCAGUCAACCCUCCACUCCGCUUCCGGUUGUGAACGAGGACGACGAGCUCAGUCAACUACCGGAGGAACCCGAAGAUAAGGUUGCUGACAGUCCUGAAGAGGUGCAGAAGCUGUUGCCAGACCCGAUUCUCCGGCUCAGGAGAAUUAUUGGUUUUGGGGGAGCCACUACCAAAUGUGCCUUAUGGACCAUGUCGGGCGAUUCCGUGGUCUACCCGUGUCACGCUAUUGUUGUCUCUAUGAAAAUUGACUCCAACGAGCAGAGAUUCUUCAUCGGCCACACCGAUAAGGUGUCUGCCCUGGCUUUCAAUGGCAACACUACAUUGCUGGCCUCUGCACAAAGUGGUAAUUACUGCGUGAUUCGAAUAUGGAACUACCUCAAAGGAAAUUGCAUGGCCAUGUUCAGGAUGCAUGCUCAUUCGGUCACCACGCUCAGCUUCUCAUACAGCGGCGGCAUUCUGUGCGGCGUGGGCAAAGACAGCCGCGGUAAAACGUUGGUGGUCGUAUGGAACACGGCCGGUGUUGGCAGGGGUGGGGAAGUGAGCAUGUUUGCCAAGACAAAAAUGGAUGUGGAUAUCAAAACAAUCAAAAUUGCAAACUUUGACGAGACAAGGCUGGUGUCAUGCGGCCAUGAUAGCAUUCGUCUGUGGCGAGUACGCAAAGGCACGCUGCGCUCGUGCCCAAUCAACCUGGGUGAAUAUCGCCCAUUGGACUUCACCGACGUGUCCUUUCAGGAGGGUGACUCACCCGAGCAGCAUAUUGAUGACAGGCUGCUGUUUGCUAGCUGCAAGAGCGGCCACAUCUUUGAAAUUGACUACACCAGACUUGUCAUUCGGAAUGUCAGAUGGUUGUUUCCGGUGCAGCGGGAGCAGCAGGAGAAGUGGACCCUCAACAAAGAUCCAGGUAUCGCCAUCAACAGCCUCAGUGUGUGCUCAACCUUCUGUGCCACAGGCUCCGAAGAUGGCUUCUUGCGGCUGUGGCCUCUGGAUUUUUCCGGCGUCUUCCUGGAAGCCGAACACGAGGGUCCCGUGAGCCUGGUAUCUGUGUCAUCAGACAGCAUGCGCGUCCUGACCGCCACCUUCACCCGCAACCUGGGAUUCCUUGACGUGAGCAGCCGGGGUUACAGCACGCUGAUGAGGUCGCACACGGGCACCGUGCUCGGUUUCAGUGUAGACGGGGUUCGCCGGCACCUCACGACCGCCUCUGCUGACGGCUCCGUGCGCAUUUGGUCGAUGGACUCCUCGCAUCAGCUGUAUGACUUUGUGUCAGAGGAUAAGCCGUGUUCAGUUGCCUUUCAUCCAAGCGAGCAGAUCUUCUCUUGUGGAUUCAGCUCAGGCAUCGUCCGAGUCUUCGAUAUCUCCUGCGGCAAGCUCUUGGCUGAGCACAACAGUCAUCACCGAGGUGAAGUGGUGGGUCUUGUCUUCUCUCCCGAUGGAGACUGCAUGUACAGCGCUGCCUCCGAGGGCUCCCUCGCACUCUACAACUCCUGCGACAAUGACAGCCACGUGAUCCGAGUUGUCUGUGGUGUGGUGGCCCGAGGCACCGGGCGUGCUCCAGAUGCUCUUACAGUGAGCAGCAACAGCCGCUGUUUGGCUUUCGUUGGGCCCUCGGAGUAUACCAUUACCAUUGCCGAUGCACUAUCGCUUGAAGAGUUGCUCCGUCUCGAUGUGAGUAUUUUGGAUUCGGAGAGCACCUUUCUGGAUUCUGCGCUGAAGGUCUGCUUCUCCUCAGCGUCCCCUGAGCAUUUGUUGGUAGCGACAUCCGCUAACAAAAUCCUCUGGGUCAACACAAAGACGGGUAGUCUACUCCGGCAGGUGUCCAAGGUGCACAAGCACUGGUGUUCCUCUCUGGCUGUGAGCGAAGACCGCCGAUUUUUGGUCACGGCGGGACACAACGCAGUCAAAGUGUGGGAUUAUAACAUGCAUCUUAGUUUGAACUCGCAGAUGUUUAUAGGUCAUAGUCAGCCCAUCAACCAGGUGAGCUUCACCCCUGGACAGCAAGGUGUGAUCUCUGUGGGGGACGCCAUUUUCCUUUGGGACUUCCUGGCCCACCCAGUUGACUUGCUACAUACCUUACGUUUGCCAUCGCGGUUUGCGACCACCUCAGCUGCCGAUGAGAUGCCUCGGGAAAGGGCACCCCUACCCUUGUCUCCACCACCCCCGCUUGACGUGAGCGCCGUGGACUCCAAUGAAGUCGAGCUGAACGUCACCACCACUGGUUCAGAGCCCAGUUCUCAUCCCAGGCCAGCCACGUCCUUCUUGAAAAUCACAGAACUCAGAGAUACCAUCAAACUGGGUAGCCAUCUUCAAAACAGUGAUUUCACUGGGAGGAAGCCCUUGCGUCCAGAUUGUUACCGACACUUCAUUCCACGAUUUAAGAAUUCCACGUUUGAUGAGACUGCUGUGACUCCUCAGCCAGGCGAAGCAGGCGUGACGCUCAAGGCAGUAAUUGGUUACAAUGGCAAUGGGCGUGGCAACUUGGUUUGGAGCCCUGACCAAGGUUUAUUUGCAUACUCCUGCGGUGGUGUGGUGGUGGUGGAGAAUGUCAACUCGGGCCGUCAGAGACAUUUGCAGGGCCACAGGGAAGAGAUCUCCUGCCUUGCUAUUUCAAACGAUGCUCAGAUGAUGGCAUCGGCUGCAGGCAAAAGUGCCAACAAGAGCCUCAUUUGUAUCUGGGCCAUCCCGAGUGGCGCUUGUCUGAGCACCAUUUCCUACCACAGAGGGGCAGUGCAGAGUCUUGCUUUCUCCAAAGAUGAUCGCUUCUUGCUCUCCAUUGGAGACUUCUCAGAUCCAACAGUGGCUGUGUGGAGCAGCAGCACCUUCCAGAUGCUCGCCAGUGAGAGCGUGUUGGGGCCCAUCCACGACGCAGCCUUCAGCCCAUCUGUGGCCCACCAGCUGGCCUGCGUUGGCAGCCAAGGCGUUUACUUCGGCCUCUUCGACAGCCAUGGCCAAGAUGGUCAUCUCAGCCUGGAGAGAGCGAGGGCACCAGUCGAGGUAGGCGAUGUGGAGCUGACAGCUUUGUGCUACCAUUCCGACUCCUUGCUCUUCAGCGCCACCAACCGAGGACACCUUUGCGCUUGGGACAUCAAGACACAGAGCUGCUUCAUGACAUGGGAGGCUGAUGAGGGAGAGAUUGGUGUGUUGCUGUGUCGAGGGAACAGUCUAUUGACAGGCAGCAACACCCACUGGCUGCGACUGUGGGAGGUGGAAGCUGUGCGGCGUAUGAAGCCUCUGGGGAAGGUGUCCAGAAAAGAUGGCGGUGCGUCGGUGGUGUUAAAGCGGGAGAUAAUGCUGGAUGGAACCACUGUCAGCGCUGCCUUUGACCACACAAUGGACAUGGGCAUCGUGGGCACCACCACGGGGACCUUGUGGUACAUCGACUGGUUGGACACCAGCAGCAUCCGACUGGUCAGCGGCCACAAGAACAAGGUGAAUGAUUUGGCCUUUCAGACGGAUGAAAGCCACUUUGCCACUUGCAGCGAAGACGGCAGUCUCAGGGUCUGGUCGAUCCCCAGCAAUGAACUGGUGGUGCAGUUCCAGGUGCUGAACCAGUCGUGUACCUGUGUGUGCUGGGGCCCUUUUCCAAGCGUGCAGCGCGCGCGCCUAGCGGCAGGAUACGGCGACGGCACCCUGCGCGUCUUUCGACUCGCCACCUCUGAAAUGGAGAGGAAGCUGCAACCCCAUCGCGUUGCCAUCACUGCCAUCCAGUACUCUGUCAACGGUGACGUUAUCCUCUCUGGCGGGAAGAAUGGGCUCAUAGCUGUCAGCCGUGCCUUGGAUGGAUCAACCAUCCGAGUUUUCAGGGACCAUAAAGGAGCAGCCAUCACCACCAUCCAGUGUGUUCGUGAGCAGUGUAAGGACUUUGGACUGGUGGGGAACGAACUGUGGUUGGCUGCCAGCGUUGACAGGCGAGUCAGUGUCUGGGCGGCCGAUUGGUUCAAGUGCAAGUGCGCUUUACUCGACUGGCUCACGCUUGCUGCGCCGCCGUAUUGCCAGGAUGACAGCCCGCCCCCGAGCCUGGCUGCCUUCUGCCCGACAGACCCCAGCCUGCUCAUCUACACUGGUUACGGGAUAGAGAAAGAGUUGAUUUUCUACAGCCUCUCGAAAAAAAGGAUCAUCAAAAAGAUUGCUUUGCCUCACUGGGCCACAUGCUUCAGCCUCUCUUCCAAGAGUCAACUCAUAGCGUUGGGGUCAAAAGAACGAGUGUUGAAGCUGAUCAAAUGGACCAGCGGCAAGUUCCAAGACUUCUCACAGCACAGCGACUCGCUGCAGACGUGUCGUUUCUCGCCCUCAGGGACACUCCUCUUCUCUGUGGCUCAUAAUGAGAUUCUGCUGUGGGAGGUGAACGGCCUCUGAGAAGCCGCUUUGGUUUUUUUGUUUUGGGUCCCCCCAAGUUCAAACCUUGUAGGUUUGUGCCCAUCCACGUGUCUAUGCCUUCUCAUCUUUUGUAUUUUUAGGAUACAUUUUGAGGGAAAAUAGCCCAAAGUUUAGGUCACUUUGCUGUACAUUAAUAUGUAAAUAGUGUUUAGGCACUUUCAUUUAGUUUUUUUUUUUUUUUUUAAUUGCACGUAUGAGCCAACAGGGGAUUCUCCUUUUUGUUGCUCCUCAGAGUUGAAAUAUAAGAACGUGAAAAAUAUUUCAUGUUCCAGAAUCCCUUUUCCCAUGAUGGGACAAAACCAGGGUGCUGGCUGGAAACAAGCCCUGCCUCCUCCUCCACUGUUUUCUCGACGCAUUGAUACAAACAUUUCAGAUGAUCAAAAGCUGAUCUUGGAGUUAACGCGUGUCAGCUCUCAUUUUCAAAAAGUGAAGCCUGAUGCAUAACAAAAAGUCAAGGACAGAAAUAAUCACGUGAAUAAUAAUCAAGUGAAUUUGAUGCCAUUUUAUUUUGUUUCGUUUUUGUCCGGUGGUUCUUAAUUACAAUAAACUGAGGCCUAUC